AUGGCCGGCGGCGAAGAGAUGGAUCUGGAUUUCUCGUCCUGGGGCGCGGUGCCCAGCUUUGGGUUCGCGUUCAAUUCAGAGAACUUCUCCGACAGGGUGCUACAGUUAGAGGUCGUCCCAUGCGACGACGUCGGCGGAGAAUCCCUCCCCGAUUCGGCGCGUACCCCCAAGGAGAAAGCUGAUAAAGGACAGAGUAUUGACGCUUCCUCAACCAUGGCUGGCACAGCAGUUUCAACUGUAAAAACCUUUCAUAUCAAUUCAGCGAUUCUUGCUGCAAGAAGUCCUUUCUUUCUAAAGCUUUUCUCAAAUGGCAUGAAAGAAUCUGAUCAGGCACAUCCACAAAUUAGGAUUGCUGAUUCAGAGGAAAAUGCCGUUAUGGAGCUUCUGGGCUUCAUGUACCAUGGAAAGUUGACAUCACGUGAGCCCACUCUUCUGCUCGACAUCUUAAUGGCUGCUGACAAGUUUGAGGUUCUUUCUUGCAUGAGGCAUUGCAGUCAGUUGCUCACAAGGCUGCGUAUGACCACUGAAUCUGCACUGCUAUACCUAGAACACCCGUGCUCUGUUUUAAUGGUUGCUGAAGUUCAGCGUGUGGUAGGUGCAGCCAAAGAAUUCCUUGCCAACAAAUACAAGGAUGAAGUGAUGAACUUCCCUCUUGCUGGGAUCGAAGCUAUCUUUUCAAGUACUGACAUACAAGUGGAAUCUGAAGAUCAUGUAUAUCGUUUCUUGCUCAAGUGGGCACGUGCACGAUACUUAGAACUGGAGGAAAGACGCGAGAUCUUGAGUUGUCGUUUACUUCCGCUGGAGAUCCUAGCAUGCACUGAUGAUGAUAUUGACCAUGAGAAGGUGUCUAAGCUUAUUACUGAGGUACUUCUAUACAAAGCAUACCCAACAGUUAUGGAAGGUGUUCUUUCAGCAAACUUAAUUAGAACCUUUUACUUGGGCUUAACGCGCGAGGAAUGUUCUAGACUCUUUCCGCUCGGAAAGAUAUGGUCGCAGACAUUCUAUCUUGCAGGGCAAGAAUUCCGUCUCGUGGCGACCUGUAAAAUGGACAAGAUCAGUAACUCUUACAGUUUCGGCCUCUACGUUGAGCUCCUAUGGAUGCCGGAGCGCUCAAAGUCUGUCAUGUUAGCCUUUGAGUUUGCUGCCAGGAAAAAUCAAACAGGGAAAUUUGUUAGGCAGCCUAACGACUAUCAUAAAGUGUGCAUCUUCAGGGAAGAUGAUUUGACACUUGGAUGUGACAAUAUCUUUGAGAUGCCAUGGUCCACUUUCAUUGCUGAUGACAGCCUCUUCAUCAAUGACGUGCUGCAUCUGAGAGCUGAUCUGACUGUGGCGGAGAUUUACUUAUGA